UCCUGUUCUUCCUGCCCUCAGAUCACUGGGAUUCCUGUCCCUGCUGCCCCCACUACCAGCUGCCUCCCUCCCCACUCCCCUCAAGGCCUUCUCUCCAUCCUCCUGCAGACCAUGGAUUUCUGCGUAUUGUGGUUCUUGCUCUUGCUACCUGUAGUCCAGUACCCGCAGCCCGUGGGUGAUGUUUUGGAUGAGGUGACGCGUCUGCAAAUGGAGCUGCGUGCAAAGUUCCAGGAAGAGGAGAGGAUUCGGCUGGAGCAGGAAGUGGAGCAGCUUGCGCUGAUGCAGAGUGGCACAUCCUGGAGAGACCUGCACUGGUCUGCCUUGCAGCCCUGGCAGGUCUGGGCAUUUGCUGAGCUCUUGGUUGUUCUCUUGGCCGUAUGCUUUAUGUGGAGGAAAAGAAGUUGUGGGGCAGAGAUCAGUGGUGAGGAGGAGAAGGAAAAGGAGAAGAAGAAGGAGGAAGAGGACAAGACAUAUGUAUGUGAUCUGAGAUGGCUUCUAGAGGAGCACAUACAGGGGCCUGUACAGGACCUGCAGACAGGCUGCAACAGGACAAUGGCCCUGAAGGAGAAGGAGGAAGAGGAAGAGGACGAGACAUGUGUAUAUGAUGUGAAAUGGCUUCUAGAGGAGCACAUACAGGGGCCUGUACAGGACCUGCAGACAGGCUGCAACAGGACAAUGGCCCUGAAGGAGAAGGAGGAAGAGGAAGAGGACGAGACAUGCGUAUAUGAUGUGAGAUGGCUUCUAGAGGAGCACAUGCAGGGGCCUGUACAGGACCUGCAGACAGGCUGCAACAGGACAAUGGCCCUGAAGGAGAAGGAGGAAGAGGAAGAGGACGAGACAUGCGUAUAUGAUGUGAGAUGGCUUCUAGAGGAGCACAUACAGGGGCCUGUACAGGACCUGCAGACAGGCUGCAACAGGACAAUGGCCCUGAAGGAGAAGGAGGAAGAGGAAGAGGACGAGACAUGCGUAUAUGAUGUGAGAUGGCUUCUAGAGGAGCACAUACAGGGGCCUGUACAGGACCUGCAGACAGGCUGCAACAGGACAAUGGCCCUGAAGGAGAAGGAGGAAGAGGAAGAGGACGAGACAUGCGUAUAUGAUGUGAGAUGGCUUCUAGAGGAGCACAUGCAGGGGCCUGUACAGGACCUGCAGACAGGCUGCAACAGGACAAUGGCCCUGAAGGAGAAGGAGGAAGAGGAAGAGGACGAGACAUGCGUAUAUGAUGUGAGAUGGCUUCUAGAGGAGCACAUGCAGGGGCCUGUACAGGACCUGCAGACAGGCUGCAACAGGACAAUGGCCCUGAAGGAGAAGGAGGAAGAGGAAGAGGACGAGACAUGCGUAUAUGAUGUGAGAUGGCUUCUAGAGGAGCACAUACAGGGGCCUGUACAGGACCUGCAGACAGGCUGCAACAGGACAAUGGCCCUGAAAGACAAUUUCACAACUGUCCUUGAGCAUGCCUCGAGUGGGACUUUCUACCCGGUGCUGCAACAAUCCAUUGGUUUUGGCAGGGCCUUUGAAGGUUGGACUGCCCGUGAGGAGGAAGUUGUGUACCAGGUGCUUGUACCCCUGACUCCACCCCUAGGCCACAUCUUCCACCUGGUGUGUGACACUGACCAGCAGAAUCCUGGCAGGCACUUCCGUGUUCAUGUGGAGCUGGAGUGCAGCUGCCCGAGGGAUUACCAGGGUAUGAACAUGCUGUGCUUCCAGCACCACCCUGACAUGAUUAGGAGGAAGACUCAGCAGACCAACCUCCUAGACGGCUCCUACCUUGAUGUGAAGAAAACUGUCCACUGGUUCUGCGCACUGGUGGAAGCAAGCUGGUGGCUUUUGCCCCAGUCACACAGUUGGCAUUUAGUGCUGCUGCCCUCCAAACGCUCCUGCCACCUCAGGCUGACCAACAGCCAAGAAAGCUUCCAGGUUAAGGUGCUGUUCGGGGUGCGGCGGCAUGCCUCAGACAUCUUUAUCAGCAGCCGGCAUCGAGGGGCUCACACCCCAAGCACAAUGUGGCCUGAGACCUACACUGUGGCAGAGACAAAGUUCUUCAGGCACAUGGCCAGGCGGGCCCCCCAGGACAACUCACACCUUAAAUGCCUGCAGCUCCUUGCCCGUGUUCUUGCGCGCAAGGACUUUUCCAUCCAUUCCAUCAAGACCAACGUCACGUGGCUGCUGAACACCGUACCGGUGUUGCAGUGGCACAGGAGACAUUUCCUGCUUCAGCUGUCGGAUGCUCUGGAGCAGCUGUGCUUAUCUCUGGAAGAGAAACACCUGGAGCAUUUUACAGUGGGCAACCAGAGGCUUCUGGAGAAGAUCCGGUUGUCCCCAUAUGUAAAAAGGGUUAAGCCACCCAACCUCUUCCACGGCCUGGCGCAGGAUCUGGCCUCCCACUCCUAGGCAAUGCAAGCCUGCCUUGAUUUGCGCCAUCGCCUGGCAAGAGUGCUGGCCUAUGGCCACUGUUAGCGGGGCACAUAGAGUCUCGGAAUUAGAGAAUCACAGAAUCACUAGGUUGGAAGAGACAUUUAAGAUCACUGAGUCCAACCUGUGCCCUAACACCACCUCAACUAUACCGUGACACUGAGUGCCAUAUCCAGUCUUUUUUUAAACACAUCCAGGGAUGGUGACUCCACCACCUCCCCCAGGCAGACAAUUCCAGUACUUUAUCACUCUUUCAGUAAAAAACUUUUUCCUGACAUCCAACCUAAAUUUCCCUUGGCACAGCUUAAGACUGUGUCCUCUCGUACCUGCCUGGAGAGAGAGGCCAACCCCCACCUGACUACAACCACCUUUCACGUAGUUGUAGAGAGUGAUAAGGUUGUCUCUGAGUCUCCGUUUCUCCAGGCUAAACAACUCCAGCUCUGUUCCUCACAGGGCUUGUGUUCCCAGCCCUUCACCAGCCUUGCUGCCCUCCUUUGGACGCAUGUGCUCAUGGGGCUUGCAGCUGGUGGCAGAGAAGCAGCUUUUAGUGCCAUGACAAAGACAGGAAUGAAUGGGAUACAUAGACACAUAUGUAUGAUGUCUAUCAUAUGUAUACGAUAGACAUAUGUAUAUAUAAUGACAAAUAUUUUUAUCAAUAGAUGUGCUUUAGUAGAUACAUAUUAUAGUGAUAGUUUAUAAAUUAUGUUAUUUUAUAAAAAGAAAUAGCACAUAUAUAAUGUCACAAUUAUGUCAGAGUCAUUUGUGGGUGUUGUGACACGUAUUAAUACUCUAGUUGCUGCUUUUAUCAGAGGCAAGAUUUUUAUUAUAUAGAUGUAUUUAUAAAAUAUAUAUUAUGCACAUACUGUAUUUAACACAACAAAACAAUAAUUAAAUGAAAUGGAAAUGAAAUAAAAGAACAAUUAUAUAUAAUUCCUAUAUAAUUACACAGAAUAAGUUAUAUUUAUAAUUGUUUAUUUGAUGUGUAAAAUGUUAUAUAAUGAAAAAUUAAUCAUAAUAAAUAUGAUAAUAGAACAAUAUAAAUUUAGUAUGUAUAUCUGUUUGGACACAUAUUAAUGCUCCAUAGUUAGUGUAUGUAUGACUAGCAAGCAAGAAACUGCUGUGUUGUUGUUUCA